CGUUCGUCAAUUCGCGCCAGCGGAUUGUCGUUGAUAUAUACCCACCAUGCCGCCACGAAUACCUCUCAGUCCGCAAUGCUCCCCUGUCGCCCGCACACGACUCCCAUCAACACCACAAAGAUGUCACUACGCAUACCUCGCAAUGCCAAAAGCACCCGAACUCUCCUUCGAGCAAAUGGCACAAUCCGUCUCCCCAACAUCGCACUACCCGCCCACGCAACCCCCCUCCCACAAGCCCCCGGAGUACCGCAAAUCCCAGCUCCUCCGCCAAUACACCUCCCUCCUCCGGUCCACACCACUCAUGCUCCUCUGGCAACACAACAACCUCCGCGCGAUCGAAUGGAUGAGCAUCCGCCGCGAGCUCAGCGUCGCCCUCGCCAAGGUCGACGCCCAGCUCUCCACCCCCGAGAACCCCAUCUCCUACGCGCCCGCCAUAAAGCUGCAGAUCGUAAAGACAAACAUGUUCAAGCCCGCGCUCAAAAUCGUGCAUUUCUACAAGCCCGACGCACUGGCAACGGACCCGGAGUUGGCCAGCUCGGCGCAGAUGCCGCAUGCCAGACUCCCGCCUGACGACCCGUCCUGGACACAUUCGCUCUCGCGUAAUGCGCAUACGAAGACGUUCCGGAAGAAGUUGCCUCAGGGGAUGGAGACACUGCUCACGGGCCCGGUUAUGUUGACGAGCUUUCCAGCCGUGUCGCCGCAGCAUCUUGCUGCGGUGCUGAGUGUGCUGUCUCCAUCGAAAGACUUUCCGGCGCCGAAGAAGCGGACGCGGCCGUCGUACUAUGAUGCGCAUGUGCAGUCUGGGCUGCAGAAGUUGUUCCUGCUAGCGGCGCGGGUGGAUGGGAAAGUGUUUGACGAGGCGGGCGUGAAGUGGAUUGGUGGCAUUGAGGGUGGGCUUGAUGGGCUGCGAGCGCAGCUUGUCGGGAUGUUGACGAGUAUUGGGUCGCAGCUUACGAACACGUUGGACAGUGCAGGGAGGAGCGUGUAUAUUACUAUGGAGGGAAGGAGGAUGGCGAUGGAAGAGGAGCAGAAGGGAGGUAAUGGAGAAGAAACAAGUUCGUCUUAGGUUGAGUGCAGGGCGUGGACUCAGCUUGUAUCAUAUCAUAUACAUAGACGACCUUAUAUGUACAAACUCGAUUUAUCGAUCGAACAAAUCUUUCACUAGGUAUAUUAUUGUGUCAGAAGCUCGUGUUGACACUGUCUAUAGUCCUGGGUAUCAUAAAAGCAGUACGCAAGCUGAGGCAGACAUGCAGAUAAACGCUAUGAGCCAAAUCAUGGCCAAGAAUUAUGUGGCGUUUACCUACUUGUCAUCUGCCCUCCUACGUUGCCGCGUCUUCUUUGCAACAGUGGCCGGUUCAUCCUCCUCUUCGUCUCGUCCCUUUAUUAGGU